AUGCCUCUCAGAAGGUCAAGCAACUCGGCCGAUGGCCAUUCUACUACAUCUUCACCUUCUUUCUCCCUGUCAAGUACCAAGCGCCGAUUCCCCCUCUUAAGCAGGAGAAGGAACCGACACUCAGAUGUGUCGCAGUCCUCAAUUCCUCCCUUGCCGUCACCAUCACCACCAGCAUCCCCUUCACCCUCUCCGAAAGUUGCCAAACCUGGACUCCGGGUGCAUGUCCAGGUCAAAUUCGAAUCCCCUCAUAGUUCGGAGCAUGUUCGCGACUAUGAAGCUUCCCCCCAGCUGAAAGCUACUGAUCGCAUUUGCCAAGCUUUGCUUUCGCGCCUGCAGCAUUGCUCUUCUGAGCUUAUCACACGCCACGAUAGCAACGCUCUCGACCCGCUCCGCAAGCCACACCGUGAUGUUAAGCCAUUGCGUUAUCGCAUCACGUACCGUGUUGAGCGUGAUGGCCUUAUUCUCGUAGAAAAGUCUUUGCGCUCUUUCCAAGAGUAUGAGUUGACACAUGACGAUGCUCGCGAGGUUGUCGCCGCUACCGACCGGAUCAUCGGUCUCUUUUUAGUGCGGCACGACCCCGGAUUCCAAUGGUCCGAGUCCGUUGAGUCUGAAGCUACCAGUCCCGAGUCCGAGACCUUCCGGCCGUGCACCGGCCGGCCUCAAUCCAUGGCAUGCAUCCCCCGAUCUCAUUUUGUUAGCGACAUGCAGAAAUUCGAGUUUGUAUCCGGGUAUUCGAUUGAGCUUUUCUUGCGCAGCCGUUGCGCUACGCGCUAUCCAGAGAACCGGAAUGCUUCUAUCAAGAUUGACAGCCGACAGCCUUCACCUCUACCCCUCCUACUCGGCGAAGAACUGACCACCCGUGUCUCAAAUCUUAUCAUUGACCCAGUUGACGCCUGGAAGCGCAAGUUUGACAAGCGUCACAAGUCUUGCGAUGGCCUGGAGGGCAGUGGUGGCUGCACUCAUAUCGAGGAUGGAGCUGUUGAUAUCAUGGUGAAGGUCCGUAACCACAUUGGGCCUGACUAUACCUACUUCUCCCAUCGCAUCCAGACAAGCAAGGUUCUGUUUAAUGACCACGAUGGUCGCGACUUCGACGAGUUCGCCAACCAAGUCAAAGCGAAGCUAGAGAAAGCUCGUGAUAUGACAGACAAAUCUGUGCGGUCCUUGGAUGAUUUCACUCUCACCAUCCGAGAGCUCCGUGGCAAGAACUGGUCUGUCCAUGAGCCUCUCAUCGUCCGACUCGACCCCACAGUUACAUACUGUCGCCAAACCAUGGAAGCUGUCAUGGAACGUCUCCAGACUGGCAUCAGUAACGUCCUUGAACAUCAUGAGGAUGCUCUUGCUACCAUGACUGUUCACAAGCGCGGACACCUCAUCUUUGACGGUUUCCUUGACGGUGCUGGUGGGGAUGACAGUGUGCAUCACGAGAAAUUUGCGACACCUGAUCUGGAGCGAAAGGCCCUCGAAGCCCACUUAAAGGAACGCAUUCGUUCAGACAUUACGAUGCUCUGUAGAGACACAUGUGCCAUAGACUGCCCUGAUACACUGCCAAACUUGCGGCUAAAGACAAGCGGAACAGCUGCAUCUUCCAUUGGAGCACCCCAAUUGAUGAGGCCUCCUUUUUCCACAGCUGGCUCAUCAUCUGCUGCGCCAACUACGCCUUCGUUUACUGCCUCGCUUCCUCGUCAACCCUCCGAGAAGUCCUUCCAUGGAUCCAUGGCCAGCACUCGUUCUGAUAACUCUCUUACCAAGAAGCUCGCGAAGGAAAGUCUGAGGGAUCCCGUUGAAUGCCCCUCGGCACCAGCAACCCCAUCACCCGACAUCCGCCGAGUACCUUCGGGUGUUGAAAUGGCCAAGAAGCAUGGGUAUAUGUCUGACUUCAUGGCAGACGAUGAGAACCAGUCCGAACCCCCGUCUACUCCAAGUCUGGUGGAUACUGAUAGCCUCAGCCCCCGAGACAGUGUCGUUGCAACCCCUUCGCGGGCCAUGCCCCAUGAUCAGUCCAACGAGGGACUUCGUAUCAUAGAUGAUGGACGAAGAAUCAUCUACCAAGAGCAGUCUGACAUGGAUGCCAUCGCAAGUGGAAUGGUGCAAUUCCACCGCCCGAUCACCGACGAUGACGAGCCAAUUCAACUUGUCAAAGAGAAGCCGGCUGAGAAUCCCGAUAAGAAAGCGGCUCGCCGAUCACUGGAUACUCGUAUGCCGGACCUCUCUGGAAACAUAGAUCAACUUCCUGAGGCAAAGAAGCACGAGCCAGUCAUAAUUCAACAAGAGUCACAGCCUCAUGCCCCCACGACACCUGAGCUUCAGAAGGCAAUGAUGGCUGAAGAGCCCUCAACUAAGAGUGUCGCAGAACAAGUACAACAAGUACCUGGACAGGCAAAGGCCGAAGCCAUCUCUGAGAAGGGCACCGGCGAGAUCCACCGGGCUUUCCAAGAGGAGCAGUGGGAGACGGUUGAGACCAAAGACAAGCCUCGCGAGAAUCCCACAGAAGUCGAGGCCAACUCAAAAUCUGAAACGAGCUUUGGAACUACACCUGAAGCCAGCAUUCGUGAGGAUGCCGAGACAAAGGACAUUUCUAUCCCCGAGGUUGCUGUGACAGUUACCGCUGAAGAACAGCCUUCUAAUGAGAAGCAAGUAGAGGCUCAGUUGUCUAAUGACUCUGAAGUGCAAACGCCUACGGCUGAGCCUGUCGUUGCUGAGAAACACGACGUUCCACCGGUUGAUGCCGCGCAGAAGACACUUGAGGCGCCUGCACUUGGAGAAUUCCCUAAGCCACCUUCUAAUCACGCCGACACUGAUGAGGCUGGUCGUGACGAUCAGCAGAAAGAGCAUAGCCAGGAAACCCCAAUUCAGACCUUGACUUCUGACUUGAAGCAAGCGGAGGAGGAUUCAGAAGUGAUCACGUCUCCGGCGCCUAAGGGAGCACCUACUUCUAGUGAUUCCGGCAUUUCUAUGGAGGGUGAUGCCAAAGACCGCGAGGCUCAGUCGCCAGCUGUAACAGAGCUUGCUGAGAACACAUCUCUCCCUUCCAAGAAGACAGACGAUCAGGCUGAUGCCAUUGGCAAGGAUGAGCAGCAUAUUCCGCACUUGGAUGCGACCGAUGAACAAUUUCCUGAGAUGGUAACUCACUUUCUUGAAACUGUUCCUGAGGAUACUCUUCUCGAACCUACUGAAGUCGUAGCUGAAGAUGUCGAGAAUGUCACGUCCAAUUCACCCAAGAUGCCAGAGGAGCCCACGCCUCUCGAGGAACCUCUUCUUAUGCCCACUAUUGCCUCUGCCCCUCCGGAGAGUCAGCUGACCCCGGACAACUUCUUCUCCUCCUUACCAGAAGAGAAGGAGAAGGGACAAGAUUACCCUCGAAAGCCAUUCGAUACCUCGGAUUUCGCCGACGCCCUGGCUCGGCCUCGAGUACGACCUCGAACUGCCACACUGCCCGAGCGCCGUUACUCGACCGCUUUGACUCUUGAGAUCGAUCUCAAUGCCCACAACGACCCUGAUCAAGAACACUCACCCAUCGAGGAUGCUCCCAAGAGCGCUAGUGGUGCGUGGCGGCGAGACGGCCUCCAUCGCCGGCAGCCGUCAGCUGGCUUUAUCGGCUUGCCAGACCAGCGCCGGCUUCAUUCUGUUGGUCUUCGCAGUGCUGUGUUGCCAUACCGUUGGCAACAGAUGCGCCGUGAACAGGCGCUCUGGGAAGGACGACCCGGCACUUCUCAUAGCGAGGCCUGA